AUGAAUGAACAUAAUAUUACGAGAAACGGAAGAAGAAAGAAGGUUGAUAAACUUAAUACUGCUGAUGUUAAAUAUAGACUAGAACUAAGAAAGUCCAAAAUUAUAAGGAUAUAUAUUGCUCCUAAAAUUAAAUUAGCAAA